GCGGGAGCGCGCGGCAUUCUGGGAAGCCAUUAGCGGGGAUUCUUUUGGCGGAGCAGCCUCCUGAUUCUUCAGGGAGCCGAUCGGAGAAAGCGGGCUAGAUGUCUGAGUCCUGUAUCUAUCUUCCUGGAUGAGGAAUUAAAAGAACACCAUGACUUUGCUUCCUCAAUACUAUAAUAUCUUGUGAAAGAAUCUUGAAAUCAACAUUGGAGACGUCCACAAGGUAUGAGAAGACGGCAUGGAUCAAUACAGCAUUCUUGGCCGUAUUGGAGAAGGAGCCCACGGCAUUGUUUUCAAAGCGAAGAAUAUAGAAACUGGGGAGACUGUGGCCCUGAAGAAAGUGGCUCUCCGCAAGCUGGAGGAUGGGAUCCCCAAUCAAGCCCUGAGGGAGAUCAAGGCUUUGCAGGAGAUAGAGGAAAACCAGCACGUGGUGCAACUGAAAGAUGUUUUCCCUCAUGGCACAGGGUUUGUGCUGGUAUUUGAGUAUAUGCUGUCUGAUUUAUCCGAGGUGAUCCGCAACUCUGAACAGCCACUUACUGAAGCCCAAGUGAAAGGCUACAUGAUGAUGCUGCUCAAGGGGGUGGCUUUCUGCCAUGCCAACUCUAUUAUGCACCGGGAUCUGAAACCAGCUAAUUUGCUGAUCAGUUCCACAGGGCAACUGAAAAUUGCAGAUUUUGGCUUGGCCCGGGUGUUCACCAGUGAUGGAGAGAGAUUAUAUAGUCAUCAAGUGGCCACCAGGUGGUAUCGGGCUCCCGAAUUGCUAUAUGGUGCUCGAAAGUAUGAUGAAGGCGUAGACCUGUGGGCAGUUGGCUGCAUCUUUGCGGAACUUCUCAACAAUUCUCCCCUCUUCCCUGGAGAAAAUGACAUUGAGCAGCUGUGUUGUGUCCUCCGGGUGCUUGGCACACCUAAUCACAAGACCUGGCCGGAGAUCACAGAGUUGCCUGAUUACAACAAAAUCUCCUUCAAAGAGAAGCAGCCCAUCCCUUUGGAGCAGGUGGUGCCUGAUGCUUCUCCACAAGCAGUCCAGCUCCUGAAAGAGUUCCUGGUCUAUCCUUCCAAGCAACGUAUGCAAGCGGCCCAGGCACUUCUGCAUCCCUAUUUUUUCACGUCCCCUCUGCCAGCCCACCACUCGGAAUUACCAGUUCCCCAGCGUGGGAACAAAAAAAUUCGUCAGGGGCUCCAGCACCACCGUGAUUUCCAUGUGGAAGAACCCCUGGAAGGGUCAGUUGUACAUCUGGAACUGGUGGCACCAUAUGUGAUUGAUGUAUAAGAAGAGAGUCCGCUCUUGUUCUCCUUUCAAGUCUGGCUUUUAUACCAUCUUGUGAAGCAAGUUUGGUUCUUCACCCCGAGGCACUUUAAAUUCUUGUGCAAAAGCUGUGCAUUUAUUGGCUCUAUGUGCGGGGUAACCGCGAGGCCGAAACCCAGUGAUAUCACGCAGAUGGGUGAAAAGAAUCCAGGACUUUCAAAAGCAGGAAGAUGUUUUGACUUUUUCCCACCAUACAUGGGCCUAUUGGAUGGCUGAAAUCAGUAGUUUUUGGCAGAUAUUUGGUGGCCCAGUUUCUGGGGCUGCACAAAGAGACUGGGGAGGAGCUGUGUGCAGCCUGCAUUUGUCCCCUUUUAUUUUCAAGGGAACCCAUUUGUUGAGUGAUUUGGUGGCAGCAGAUGACAAAAGAGGGAGCCGAGAGCAUGCUGAGCUGCCACUCUGAUAGAAGGACCAAGAGAAAGAGUUCUCUCCAAAGACUCACAAAACCCAUCCAGUGAGGCAUGUGACAAAAUUCUCUCCUGAUAUUCUCCCCCCCCCCAAUGAUUUAUUUUUAUUUUAUUCACAAAGUUAAAAUACAAACUUUAAACAAAAGAAAAAAAAUACACAAUGCAUACACAUAGAUUGUCCUAAUAUUCCUCCUGGCCAUAUUUUUCCUCUUGGGAUAACAGAAUAAGGCCCAGAUGGAUUCAGGGGAGCAAGGUCUCUGUUCCUCUGAAACAAGGUACGGCCUCUACCAAUUUCCCCCCCCCCCUCGAGUUUUUAGGCCUUGUCUCAAGCCUUCCUUCCUUCCUUCCUUCCUUCCUUCCUUCCUUCCUUCCUUCCUUCCUUCCUUCCUUCCUUCCUUCCUUCCUUCCUUCUUCCCUCCCUCCCUCCCUCCCUCCCUCCCUCUCUCUCUUUCUCUCUCUUUUUCUUUUUUGUAAUCUCCCUUCUUAUGCAAUGGCUGUUAUAACAGUUGAUAAUUAAACAGGUAAGCAAUCAGCUAAAUUACUAGGCUCUUCAUUGGGUUACAGAUUUUGGGGUGAACUCUGAGGAGCAUGGUAUCCAAUGAGAAUGGCUUGUUGGGAUCUGUUUGACCAUUAAGAAUACUCCUUGAGGAUUGCUGCCGCUACCCCAGAUCGUGUGCUUAAGACCUGGCCUGAUUUAGAAAUCACCUCCCUAGAUUUACUCUGAUGCUUGAUGAAGCAAGGAUUUUGUGGGGAAGAGGAAAAGGAAGAGAAUAAAUAAAUAGUUGCUGUUGUAGAAAGAGAAAGAAUAAUAGUCCCUAAGGUUCAAAAUCACUGAUGCGAAAUCCUGACCUACCAAAAAAAAAAAAAAAAAAAAAGUAAAAUGAUCACUCAUUUUUGAGUUUUCUGUGACUGCAGAAACAACCGCUAGUUUACGUGCUACUCAUGGCAAUUGCUCUGUUUAAGGAACUGGGCUAUGUGUUUGUGUAUAAAGUUAGCCUCAGUUAAAAAGCAAAUGCAGUUGUUAAACUCAAACCAGGGCCAUUUGAGUAGUUUUCGCUCCUUCACUCUCUCAAUUGAAAUAACUUAUCCCCCAUAAUACACCUUUUUGUCUUCAUUUUCCCCUAUGAUUUUUUUUUUUUAAAUUGAAUUGUUAUUUUUACCAAGAAACAACUGGGCUGCCUUAUGACCUCAAACUGACUAGAAUUUUAUUUCUUUAAAAGCCCAAAGCAACAGUUCUUACAUAAGAACUCUAAAUAAUAUAGAGAAUAAAUAAAUAUUUGCAAAAUCAGCAAAACCUACUUUUUAUUUAUUUCAUUUGUUUAAUUUUUAUUUGUUUAUUUUGCAAGAUCUAGCAAAAAUAGACAUUUACCAGAUACCUUUAUCUGUUCAACCUUUUUUUUUUUUUUGUUUCCCACAUUUUUGAUACCAGGCCAGGAUUUUAAGAUUGUUUCCAAAGAUUUUUUUUCACUGUUCAUUUAUCAGCUGCACUUGCAAAAGCUUAAGGAAGCUAAUUUUAUUGGGGGAGAAAACCCAGCUUUCGUCAAACAUUAUUUCAAAAUGUUUGGUAGAAAACAAAUAAUGCCAGUUACACAAAGGAUGCGGUUUAAUGAUUUGAUCUAAGAAAGCAAUCAUUUUUGGCAGUUUGCAAAUAAAUUUCCCUUAGUGAAAG